AUGGAUAUUUUAAAUAAAGAUUUAAACAUUCCUCUAAAAUAUAUGCAUAAAAUUGACAAUAAAAUAUCAAUAAUUGCUCAUAAAAAUUGGUUAUUAAAUUUUAAAAAAAUUGGUAAAAAUAAUUUUUACACUCAUGAAGAAUUAUCAACAGAUGAAAUUGAAGCUCAACCAAGUCUAGAUGAAUUAGGUAAAAAUUGGACCAAAUUAUAUGCUAAAAUAUAUGAUAAAAAAUUUAUAAAUACAAUUCCACUACCAAGAGAUAAACAUUCUACAAGUUCAAAAGUACAAUCAGAUUUAACAUUUCCUCAACUUCUUCGUUAUGUUUCCGAGACAAAUUAUCGUAAUUUAUGGAAAGACUCAUAUAAAAAAUAUUCAAGUCCAUGGAAUCCAGUUGAUAAUCAAAAAGAACAAUCUCUAUUAACACCAAGUAUCACUGACACAUCAGUUAUGCAUCAAGUACUUUCACGUUUAUAUGGUUGUCCAUUGGUUUAUUUAGAAAAUGGUAAUAUUGUUUCAAUAAAUCCAGCAUCAAUAAAUCCAAGAACACAUUGUAAUUUGGUACCAGCAAUAAUAACAAUUGAAACACAAACAUCAUUUAUAAUUUUUUAUGAACAAACAACAAAAUAUUCAUUACAAGAAUGUGUUAUGUUUAGUCCAGCAGCAUUAUCAACUGGCUAUAGUAUACCAUUAUUUUUAGUAUAUCAAUUAUUAAAAUUAUCAAGAGAUCUUCAUGAUUCUGGUUUAGUACUUGGUGAAAUAAAUUUAAGUGACAUACUAAUUUUAGAUAAUUAUACUAUUCAAGUAUUUCCAAAAUUAGAUGACAAUAUUUAUUUAAAAAAUCAUCAUAAUAAUGUUGAUGAUAAUGAUGAUGAUAAAAAAAAAAAUACAUUUUAUAAAACAAAUUCAACAUCUAGACAAUUUAAUUUAUCAAAUAUAAAACCAUUUGAUUUUGGUUUAAAUGAAAAAAUUGAAGAUUUAUGUCAACAAUGGAUUAAUGGACAAUUAAGUAAUUUUGAUUAUUUAACAUCAAUUAAUAAUUUAGCUGGACGUAAAUUUGGUGAUCCAAGUUGUCAUCAUGUUAUGCCAUGGGUUACUGAUUUUUCAUCAAGAAAUGGUAAAAAUUGGCGUGAUUUAAGUAAAUCAAAAUAUAGAUUAAAUAAAGGUGAUAGACAACUUGAUUUAACAUUUGAUACACAACAAACAAAUGAAGUUGGACAUCAUAUUUCUGAUGUAUUAUCCGAAAUAACAUAUUAUGUUUAUUUAUCAAGACGUUAUCAAAAAAAUGUACUUUGUAAACAUGUUAGAUCACAAUGGGUACCUGGUGAAUAUCCAGUAUCAAUUCAACGUUUACAAGAAUGGAGUCCAGAUGAAUGUAUACCACAAUUUUUUAUUGAUCCAAAUGUAUUUAAAUCAAUUCAUGAAGAUUUACCAGAUUUAGAAUUACCAAGUUGGGCACGUUCACCCGAGGAUUUUAUAGAAAUACAUAGAGAAGCAUUAGAGAGUCAUUACGUAUCAGAAAGAUUACAUCAAUGGAUUGAUUUAACAUUUGGCUACAAAUUAUCUGGUGCUGCAGCAAUUAAAUCAAAAAAUGUUUGUCUACAACUUGUUGAUAAACACACGAGUUUAACAAAUUCUGGUGUUGUUCAAUUAUUUAAUUAUCCUCAUCCACAAAAAAUUGUACCAUCACCAUAUUGGAGUAAAAUAGCACCACGUUUUUGUCUAUCGAAUGUCAAAUCUUCACCAAAAAAUGAACGAAAUGAACAAAAGAGUGAAGAUGAAGAUCAUAGUUCUGGUUUUGAUGAAGAAGAAUUAUCAGUUACAACUGUUAAUGUUGCAAGAUCAUCACCAUUAGCACUUAGUCGUUUAUUAAGUAGAUCACGUAGUUCUUUACAAACAAAUGAAGAUAGUCCACGAAUUGAAAAACCACAAACAAUACAUUUACCAAAAGAUUAUAAUCCAAUUGCAGCAUUACAACAUGUUGAAGCAACUCAUACAUUUAUGAAUAAAAUAACAUAUAAAAUUUAUGAACCAAAAAUUAUAAAUCAAAUUGAUUCAUCAAAUUAUCGUCAAAUUGUUGCAACAGCAAGAAUAAAAGAACAACAAAUUAUUGGCUGUUUAAUUGUUGAAAUAUUUAUGCCAGAUAAAUUUCGUGGUAUAACAACAAAUAAAAAUUCAUUUACACGUAGAUUUGAAACAUGUAAAAAUGUAUUAAAUCAAUUUUCUGAUUCAUUACCAAAAUGUAUUAAAAAUUCAGUUGGUUUAUUAUUACAAGUUGAUGUUAUACCAAAAACUUAUGGUAUAAUAAAUACAGAUAAAAUAAAUCUAAAUAAUGAAAUAUUUAAAUAUCCAACAAUUACAUAUAUGGGAUUACCACCACCAUCAUCUCAUCAAUUUUUACAAUCAAUACUUUCAAAUAAUUUAUUUCCAUCAACAAAAUAUUUUCAAAAACUUUAUAGUAUCAUUGAAAUGCUACAAGAAUAUAAAAAUAUUAUUAAACAAUUAAAUUAUGUAUUAACGGAUAAUGAUCCAAAAGAAAAUAUAGCAAAAAUGAAAAUUGAAUAUUUAUGUAAAAUAAGUGAAAGUAAAGUUAAAUCAUUAUUUAGAGAAUUUGAAAAAUUAUUUCCAUAUUUAGAAAAUUCAAUGGAAUCAAGUAUACAAUUAAUUGUACCACAUAUACGUGAAAUUAUGAAUGAACCAUAUUGUUGUGUACUUGGAGCAUGGUAUUUAUUUGAUUCAAUAGCUAAAAUACUUGGACCAAAAGAUACAUCAAAAAUUUUUUUAACAUCAAUUAUUAAAAUUUAUGAAAAUGGAUCAAUACUUGAUUGUAAUCCAUAUGCAAAUUCAUUACCACAUGAAACACUUGCUAAAUUUAAAUCAAUGAGAUUAUAUCAUAGAAGUUUUUUAUUGAGAUUAAUGGUACGUUUAGGUCUUAAAAAAUUUUUAGAUAAUUUUAUAACACCUUUAGUUGAAGCAGUUGGUGGUUAUCGUGAUUAUCCACAAGGUUCAUUAAUUUAUAAUCAACAAUCGAAAUUUGGUAAUUUAAAAACAUGUUAUUUAAAUGGUAAUUUAAAUGAUAUUGAUAUAAUUUUAUCACCACUUGAUGAAGAUUCAUCUGUUGAUUCAGAAAAUAAUAUAACACCAACAAUUGUUAUGACACCACCAGAUAAUGAUAUUGAAGAAGUAUUUACAAUGGAAACUGAAGAACCAACAAAGUCAUCAUCAUCAUCAUCUCCACCAACACCAACAAUUGAUUUAUCAUUAAAUAUAACUGAUGAUAUUAUUGAUGAUACUAUUAAACAAUCAACAUCAUCAUCAUCAUCAACACCAUCUGGAGUCAUUAAAUCCCCAACAAUUCCUAUACCAAAAUCAGAUUUAAAAAGUAUUGGUUGUCUUAUUGGAAGUAAAACAUCUAGUGAAGAUAUACCAGCAUCUUGUUCAUAUAAUAAUCAAUCAAGUUUUACAUUAGAAACAGAUAAAUUAAAAACAAUUGAUCUAUCAAAUGAACAAGCUAAAAAUUCAGAUGAAGAAUUAAAUAUAUCUUUAUCAUCAUCAACAUCAUCAUCUGCUUCAUUAACAUCAUCAUCAAAUAAAAAUAUUAAUAAUAAUUUAAUACAAGAAUCAAAAGUUUCAGAUAUGAGUGCAGAAUCUGUUAUUUGGUUAUCACAUAGACUUGGACCUGUUCUUACUGCUCGUCAUUUAUCACGUAAUCUUUUACGUAUGCUUACUCUUUGUUAUACUGGAAAAUUAAAUUUAACACCAAUUGAUAUAAAUGAUAAAAAUAAUAUAUUAACUGGUGAUAUUAAUGCAAUAAAAGUACUUGAAUGUUUAACAGCAAUAUCAAAUUUAUAUGGUGAACAAAUGAUAUUAUUACAAUAUUUUAGUCAUAUGGCUGAAUUAUUAAUACUUUGUAAACGUAAAUUAACACCAAAUCUUGAAGGUGGUAUUUUUUCAUGUUUAGCAUUAUUAAAUCAUGUUACACAAUAUCUAAGUGAUACAUUACUCAUUGAAUCAAUCAGUGAAAUAAUUGUUAAAUCAAUACUUUAUCCAACAGUUAAAAUAUUAUCAACAACAAAAUAUACAUUUCCAUCUGGUUAUUUAGCAAGAAAAACAUUAGCUAAUAAAUAUCUUGAUGUAUUAUCAAAUUUAAGUAUACGUCUUGGUGUAUCAACAACAAAAACCCAUUUAUUUAUACCAAUACAAAAAUUUUUUUUAUCAUUUGAUAAAAUUUAUCAAAAUAAUAAUAUUGAACAAGAAUUAAAUAUAAAUAAUAAAACAUCAUCUUAUUCACCACCAAUUGAUGAUUCAUCCAUAAAAAAUACACAAAUAAAUAAAGCACAUGAAGAAAUUAAACAAGUAUUUACACCAUCACUUGCACAUAAAGGAUAUUUAUUAUUAUAUAGAAAUCUUGAUGAAACAACAAUGAAUGAUAUAUUAAAAAAUCAUCAAUUAAUACGUGAUUUAUGUGAUGAACAUGAAAAAUCAUUGCCAAAUGAUUUUCAUAAUAAUAAUAAAACAGAAAUAAUAAAUCAAACAACAACAACAACAACAGAUGAUUGUCAAAUAAAUGAUGACAAUAUUAUUACACGUGGAAUUGUUAGUUUUGGUAAUAUGACACUUGUUGGUAAUCGUAUUGAAGUUGGUGAUAAUUUAGAUGCAACAAAUCGUGAAUUAAAUAAUUUAACAAAUGGUCGUCAAUUACGUGGUAAUUGGCUUGCAUAUUGGGAGCAUGAAAUUGGAAGAGCUGAUAAAGAUUUAACAUUUAAUAUUAAACAAAUUAAAUUACAAAAUUUUUUUGGUCAUACAAAUAGUGUAAGAUGUUUAAAUGUAUUAGAUAAUGAAAAUAGUUUUAUGAGUGGUGGAAGAGAUAAAACAGUUAAAUUAUGGAGUAUACGUAGUCAAGGUGAUGGUAAUACUGUAUCAUCAUGUCAAUAUACAUAUACAGGACAUAAAAAAUCAAUAUUAUCAAUUAAAUUUUUAGAAUCAUUAAGAUAUGCUGUAACAUGUGAUGGUUCUGUACAUUGUUGGGAUCCAUUUAUGGGUUCAUUAUUAGGUUGUCCAGAAAGUUCAAAACCAACAAUUAUUAAUACAAUUGCAACAAGUAAUCCACCAUCAACAUCAAUACUUGUUGCAACAACUGAUAUUACACUUAAAAUAAUUGAUUGUCGAAUAUUUCAAUAUGUCAAUGAGCUCAAAGUAUCAAUGAAUCCAACUGGUUUAAUAAGAUGUAUAUCAAUAUCACCAAAUGGUAAUUGGGUUGCACUUGGUCAAGCAUCUGGUUUUAUAACAAUUAUUGAUAUACGUACUGGACUUAUUAUUGCAUCAUGGAAAGGACAUGAAUGUGAAAUAUUACAACUUGAAGCUAUUGAUGAUAUGACUAUUGUAACUUCAUCACUUGAUCAAACAAUUGCUGUAUGGAAUACAAUUGAUGGAAAAUUAAAAUAUCAUUUAAAAGGACCAACUGAACCAGUACAUUGUAUGAAUAUUUAUGAAAAACAAUUAAUAACUGGUACAACAGCAAAUAGAAUUGGUGUUCAUACUGGUGUUGAUAAUAAUUCAAAUUAUUCAUCAUCAAAAUUAAGAAGUGAUGUAUUUAAAGGAGUUCUUACAGCUAUGACUAUUUUACCAUUGAAUAAACUUUUAUUACUUGGAGCUGAUAAUGGUGGAAUUACAUUAUUAUGUUGA